AUGCGUCAGGAUAUCCAAUGCCUACGUGGAAUUGCUAUAAUUUCAGUGUUUUUGUUUCAUUUGUUGCCUAAUCUGUUUUUCAAUGGAUUUCUCGGAGUUGAUAUAUUUUUCGUCAUAUCCGGCUACCUGAUGGCCAGAAACCUUACCAAGUCGAAGCUGACUUCGAUUCGAGAUUUUUUGGAGUUUUACUACAGGAGAUUCCGCCGAAUCCUGCCACUCUACUAUCUCCUCAUCUUCUUAAUAAUAAUCAUGGUGCAUCUAUGGCUUCCAUACAUUCUAUGGGAGAACAGUAAUCGGUACUCCAUUGCCUCCCUGUUUCUAAUGACUAAUCAGCUUGUGAUCCAUGAUCAGGCAGAUUAUUUUAAUAGUUUCCGAGCUGAAUCCACCGCUAUCAACGCUUUUUUGCAUUUGUGGUCGCUAUCCCUGGAAAUGCAGUUUUACCUACUUGUACCGUGCAUAUUUUUUGCGCUUCAAAUUUUGAAGAGCGACUAUUUGAAGCUCCUGGCGGCCAUCCUCACCACUACCAUCGGUUUUGUCUGCUUUGCCCUAGUCCUCGACUCCUUUGCCUUCAACUUCAUGUUUCUCAGAUUAUGGCAGUUUUCAGCGGGAUUUGUUGCCCUAUUCUGGAGCAAAAUUGAGCAAAAGCUUCCAGAAAAAAAUUCUGAAAAAUCUGAAACCGCUAAGCCAACCUGGAUAUCUGAAGAUGAUCAGGUUACGGUAGCCCUGGUAGUUUUAGGGGUCUGCAUUAUGCCUUACGAUGUGAAUGUUCUGGUGAUCAGGCCCUUGGUUACUGUGGUGACAGCUUUCAUAAUCAAGCUGCAGUCGGAGAGUAAUCAGAUUCUGAACUCUAAAACUCUGAGCUACAUCGGAGAUAUCAGCUAUGUCACGUACCUGGUCCACUGGCCAGUUAUCUCAAUUUUCCUGACGUCAAGUGUGAAUAGUUAUGUUUUUUGUAUUGUAACCACCGUUCUCGCCUCUAUCGCACUGCACCACCUUUUCGAAAAGCAGUACCUCCAGCUAGACUUCAAGCCAUUAAUCCUGCUCCUGCUUAUUUUAGUCUCUGCAAAUUUUUUACUGCAGUAUAGUGUCGAAAACCAAAAGUUCUGGAAGCAACACGUUCCGGCUGUAAUUCAAAAAAUUGUGGACAGAAAUCUGAACCAAUUAAAUGUAUACUCGCAAUUGGAUCACAUGAAAAAUGGCACAUGUGCUGAGAGGAAGCUGAUUGAUCCUGGAGAUAAGAGUAUUGUCUACGCCUAUUGUAGGUACCCGAAAAAACACGGAAACGUGUCAGUUAUGACAAUUGGAAACAGCUAUGUUAUGCAGUUCACCAACCCGAUAAAAUCGCAUUUCAAGCAAAAUUACUCGGACUACCGGUACUACUCGCUUCAAGAAGGAUUUACGCUAUAUGCGGACUCCUACGACUCUAGCAAUGCUCUGAAAACUUUCAAAAGCCACGUGGCUCGGCACAAGCCAGAUGUGCUCUUUAUCAUUGCGAAAUACUCCCGAUCUCUGAAAGCCCUUAUUCAGGCUAACGAUACCUUGUUGAAUCAGAUCUCGGAAAAUAUUGAAUUUUAUGAACGCCACGCCCGGAAAGUGUACAUUCUGGGGGCCCUUCCAACUUAUUCAGCAAACUUUUUGAAUGUAUUCCUGCAGAAUGUGAUGCGAAAUCCAGAGGAUAUGGAAAAAUUACAUUUGAAUCGCAAAAAAGCGGACGAGGAUGUAAAAAAUGUAAAGAAAAGAUUCGAAAUCGCGGGGAGACAAUGCAAAAAGUGCCGGUUUAUCGAUCUAAAUCCUGCAUUUUUGGAGAGGGAAAAGUAUCUAACAUUUGAUCGGACCUCUUUGUUUUCUUAUCAUGACAAUACUGGGCAUCUGCUGCCGGCGGGUGUAAAGCUCUGUGAGCCCAUACUCAAAAAGAUAGUCGAGGGGGUCUUGAACUCUAUGUGAUGUAAUAAAACAAAAAUUAUUUUGAACCUUGUAAUUUAUUCGAUUAAUAAUAUCUUACUGUAAAUAAAGUUCAAUCCUUCUU